CAUGCCCAGAAAUUGGAAAUGACAGGCAGAGCGUGUAGUCUGAACACAUGAAGGCUUGAGCUGAUUAGACAAAAGUCAGGAGUACAAUGACUACAUUGAAGGUCACACCCACUUCUGUUGGUUGUUAAACAGAUGACUUUGGAAAUGGAUCAAAACCUCUUAGGAUAUCUUCUGGAAAAACCGAUUGCUUUACAGUCUGCUUUUCAGGCUGCUCAAAUUUAAGCCUGGGUUGUGGAUUCUGUGAGCAAUGAGUGAGGGGCAGAAAAAGUCGGCCUCUCACAAUGGGAGCGUCACAGGGGUUCUGGAAGCCAAAAAACAAGAUCAACCAAAAGCAGCAGCUCUGCAGCAGAAUGUGGGUCUCUUAAGUGGAAUCUGUCUGAUAGUAGGAACAAUGAUCGGCUCGGGGAUCUUCAUUUCUCCUAAAGCAGUUCUCGAGGGAACCGGUGCAGUGGGUCCAAGCCUAAGUGUGUGGGCUGCAUGUGGUGUGCUGGCUACUCUCGGGGCCCUCUGCUAUGCUGAGCUCGGCACAAUGAUCACUAAGUCUGGUGGAGAAUAUCCAUAUCUGAUGGAGGCUUUUGGGCCAGUGCUGGCGUACCUUUACUCCUGGACCACAAUUAUGGUGUUAAAGCCUUCAUCUUUCGCCAUCAUUGCAUUGAGUUGUGCGGAGUAUGCUUCCACACCAUUUUAUCCAGGAUGCACCCCGCCUCAAGUCAUCACCAAAUGCCUGGCUGCCGCAUGUAUCUUUUUAAUCACAAGUGUGAACUGUUUGAGUGUGAAGCUGGCAUCCAAUGUGCAGAACUUCUUCACAGCAGCCAAACUCUUGAUUAUUGUUGUCAUAGUGGUCGCAGGCAUUGUUCUGCUGGCUCAAGGGAAUACACAGAAUCUUAAAGAUCCAUUUGCAGGGGCAACAACAUCAUUUGGAGCAAUUGGCCUUGCUUUUUACAACGGUCUCUGGGCUUAUGACGGAUGGAAUCAGCUUAACUUCAUUACAGAGGAGCUGAAGAAUCCAUACAGAAACCUCCCCCUGGCAAUCAUUAUUGGAAUUCCCUUGGUUACUGUGUGCUAUGUACUUGUCAACCUUGCAUAUUUCAGUGUCAUGACCCCUGUUGAACUUCUGCAAUCUCCUGCUGUUGCUGUGACUUUCGGUGACCGAGUGCUGUACCCAUUAUCUUGGGUUGUGCCUUUAUUUGUGGUCUUCUCCACGUUUGGUGCAGCCAAUGGGAGCUGUUUUACCGCAGGCAGGUUGACGUACGUAGCAGGACGGGAAGGUCACAUGGUUAGCAUCUUGUCAUACAUCAGUAUAAACCGUUACACACCUGCACCAGCUCUUAUGUUUAAUGGUAUCCUGUCAAUCAUCUACAUCAUCCCAGCAGACAUAAACACUCUCAUCAAUUAUUUUAGUUUUGCUCAGUGGCUUUUCUACGGCCUCACAUGUCUCGCGCUUAUCGUUAUGAGAUUUACUCGAAAGGAGCUUCACAGACCUGUAAAGGUGCCUAUAAUCAUCCCUGUCGUGGUGGUAAUUGUGUCCUGUUACCUCGUACUUGCUCCUAUCAUAGACAAGCCUGAACUUGAGUACCUGUACUGCACAGUGUUCAUAGUGAGCGGCCUUCUUUUAUAUGUACCAUUCAUCCACUUCAAAUUCGACUGGGUUCACCGCAUCAUGAGUCCACUAACCAUGCACCUUCAGCUGCUUCUGGAAGUCGUGCCAACAGAAAAGAUUGAUUAACAGAUUUCAGCUUGGAGAAAAGAAACGGAUAUUAUAGCCAGACAGAUGACUAAUACAUGGACAUGUUGGUAGAGGAUUCUUAAAGGGACUUUGGCUGUAUAUGGACAUAUUUUUUAUUUUAUUAUUUUUAUAAUUCCUGCUGUUGUGCCUUGUGUUGUUUUUGCAUACAUUAUAAGUCAUACUGGUUAACAGGGUUAAUAACAUAAUAACACACACUACUUUAUAUUCCUAGAUACAGUCCUAGUAAUUUAGAUAUUCUAAUUCUGUUAUUGUUAACAUUGAACCAAAUAGCAAUAUAUAUUUUUGAACUUUAUUAAAUUCAAAUGUAUUAAUCAUAAAUUAAAAUUUGAUAAAUAUUGAAAAUGCCAUUUGUUAAAAUUACUUUAUUAGAGACUUUUGUUUUGUUCCACUUCUACAACUUCCUACAUCAACUUCUACAAGUUUUAUACUGAAACUAUAAGAAAACUAUCUUGGGAAAGCAUUUGAAAGUUUUAAGGCUUUGUUACCUUUAUGUACUUUCUCAGAAAUAUCAUAAAUAGUUUUUAAAUACAUAAGUACAGUCUUUGAUGUCAUGUUUAUCUCUGGGAAGUUCGGAUAUUUUUAAUACCUUGAGAUUGGAUGGCCUCAAACUUUAAAAUGAGGGAUGGUAGAAAGAUUUAAGCUGUGACAGGGCUUUAUUAGUUUUUAUCUUUGAAGUAGUAUAUUAUGUUUAAAUAACAUUUUCCCUAAAUGACGUAUGACUGGUGUCCUCCAUUCUUUCUGACAACAAAGCACCCGAAAAAAAACAAGCUUGUAAUCAUGAUUUCAGAAGGGGGAAUUAUUAAAUACCCGAUAGCCCCUAGCCUGGUGCCUGUCACUUCUGGUAAAUGUGUGAACUUUCCCGCCACCUUCGUAAAUGAGUGACAGCUGAUCUUUCAUCACGAGGCUCCAAAUAUCUCGUAAAAUCAUUCACCCAUUCUGUUCCUGUAGUAUUUUUAGUGGACCUAAAAUGUCAUUCAGUGAAAAACUAGGCCUAAUUCCCAAUGAUUCACAGAGCGUUUUGUUAACUGUUAAGCUUUUUAAUGAUUAUGUGUAAUUUUGUAUGCACGUGUAUGUUGUCUGAUGUUUUUGUCUAUUGUAUCUUUGUAAUGUGUAGUGGCGGAUGAGUUUCCUUUUACGGGAUUAAUAAAGUUUAAGUGCUUACUUGUAAA